AUGGAAAGCGUCGACAUUUUCGCCACUCAAACGCGAGACCAUCACGAGUCGACGACGAAUUUGGCCGACGCGAUCAAAUGCGCCAUCGACGACGACGACGCGAUGCCGAUGUAUUGGGAUCGAUGGAGACCGCCGACGCUGAACAUGACGCGCGACGAGACCUGGCGGCUGUCAUCCGGUGCGAGUUAUUCAACGUACACCGACAAUUGGAGUCGACAAUGGACGAGUGAGAGCUCGAGCUCGAGCUGGAGGCCGACGACGUCGACGCCGCCGCACACUUCCAGCUCGUUCUAUCAACAAUACGCGCCGCGACGAGCUGAUCCGACUCCAGCUCAAUCGGUUGAACGUCCGACGAAACGAAAAUCGAGCUGCUAUUUCGACAAAUGGAAAUUGGCGUCGUCGAGAGAAUCGCAAAAGUGUUCCGACGACGACGUCGACGAUUUUGUGGCGAAUCCGUGUCGCCGAAAGCGGCCGAAGCAGAUUCGAAUCGACGAUUAUCUGUUCAAGGCGAGACGCGUCGAUAAAGGCGCGCGAGUGUUCGGCCUCAAAACGAUACAGGAGCCGAAGCGCGGAAGCAAGAAGAAGCGCAAAUCGAUUGGCGAGUUGGAGGUGGUCGAUUCGUCGGCGGAUCUCGACAAAUCGAUUGGAGGCGACGAGCUCGGCGAGUUGGAGCCGAACGAGAUGCCGUCGGCGUCGGCGGCUUCGAGUUCGUCGGCGAUCUCGCUGCAUCAUCGACGAGUGCUGUAUGAGAAGUGCUCGCAAGCUUCAGAUGUCGAUUUGAGAAAUGCGAAAGUCGACGACAACAACGUUGAGGAAUUGGACGAGACGAUUCGACUGGAGACGCCGAAAAAAUUCGAAAAUUGUCGAUUUCAGGAAUUGAACGAGACUAUCGCUCCAACGACGCCGACGAAUGGGAAAAGCCCGAAUUCGGAGAACUUGGAUGAGACUGUGCGGUUGGCGACGCCGAAACGGCAAAAAAUUGAGAAUAUCGAGAUUUUUGCUGAAAAAUUGCCGUCAUCGACGCCGAAAUAUGAGAGGAAUGUAAAAAUUGAGACGUUCACUAAAAAAGGGCCGACUUUUGACGAUAAGCUCGAGCAGAUUAAGAAGUUUGAGCCGGCGAAUCGCAUAUUGGAGGAGGAGAAGGCGAAACGCGACGAGCGCGAGAUGAAGCUCGUCGAACGUCGCGCGGCUCUACGCGCGAUGAUCGACACGCAGUUUAUUGUCGAACGCGAGAAAGUGGCGAAGAGGGAGCUGGACGAGGCGCGAGCACGACUCGCCGACGGCGAGGUGAUUCGCUCGAAGGCCGACCGACGCCGACUGAUGCACGGCGCCGAUUGUCGAUGCUGUCGCGGCUACUACGAUCAGCUCGGGUUGUCGCCGAACGCGAAAAAAGAUUAUAUGGAUAGGGUGUCGCGCCAUCGAUAUGUACAUAGAGCGUUGCCGGACACACCGGAACGAUAUUGGGAUUUGACGUUGGGUCCGAGCGACGAGGAGCAGCAGCAGCAGCAUCAGAAGGUCGACGAGAAGCCCGCGUGGCGGACGCCGCCGAAGCGGGCCGCGACACUCGGCAAUUGGGAAACUCGAUGA